GAGAGCUAAUAGUUUGUGACGAGCAGCAGCUGUGGCACCUGCAUGGUGGGUAUUUCAACCUGCAUGUGGCACAGGCAGCACUUUCUCCUGGAGACUGAAGCAAUGGAAGCUGUUUGGGCCUUGCUUGUUGGUAUGCUGAGUCUUUGGCUUACCAAAGGCUCUUGUCUGCCAGUUGGUUUGACAAAUGAACGGCGUGAUAAUCUGCUGCAGAGGACAAUGAGAGAUCUGCCUCUCAAUGAGCUCUCUAAGAAGAAGGUCCUUGCAGUUCUCCAGUCAAUGGAGUCCAUGUUGGAGCAAAAAGCCAAAGAAGUACAACUGGAGACCAAUGAAGUUGAAGCUGAGGCAUCAGCAGUACACCAUAAACUUGUGACCACAGCCGCGACCAGCCAGGACGAGGGCGGCGCGAACGGGACGGCCACCAGCAUCAUGGCCAGUCACAACGACUGCGUGGGUUGUUGGCUGGGUGGUUUGUUGGUUGAUGUGGUGGUUGAUUUGGUGGUUGAUUCGACCGAGGAUGACGAGGGCGCGGCAAACGCUACCACCAUCAUGGCCAGUUACGACGAGGGCGCCGUGAACGCGACGGCUACCACCAUCAUGGCCAGUUACGACGAGGGCGCCGUGAACGCGACGGCUACCACCAUCAUGGCCAGUUACGACGAGGGCGCCGUGAACGCGACGGCUACCACCAUCAUGGCCAGUUACGACGAGGGCGCCGUGAACGCGACGGCUACCACCAUCAUGGCCAGUUACGACGAGGGCGCCGUGAACGCGACGGCUACCACCAUCAUGGCCAGUUACGACGAGGGCGCCGUGAACGCGACGGCUACCACCAUCAUGGCCAGUUACGACGAGGGCGCCGUGAACGCGACGGCUACCACCAUCAUGGCCAGUUACGACGAGGGCGCCGUGAACGCGACGGCUACCACCAUCAUGGCCAGUUACGACGAGGGCGCCGUGAACGCGACGGCUACCACCAUCAUGGCCAGUUACGACGAGGGCGCCGUGAACGCGACGGCUACCACCAUCAUGGCCAGUUACGACGAGGGCGCCGUGAACGCGACGGCUACCACCAUCAUGGCCAGUUACGACGAGGGCGCCGUGAACGCGACGGCUACCACCAUCAUGGCCAGUUACGACGAGGGCGCCGUGAACGCGACGGCUACCACCAUCAUGGCCAGUUACGACGAGGGCGCCGUGAACGCGACGGCUACCACCAUCAUGGCCAGUUACGACGAGGGCGCUGUGGCUAAAAAGGGCGCUCUCAAAGUCGACUUGCCUCACUGAAGGUUUAUAGGUGGAACCAUGCAAGAGUUUUGCAUCUGCAAUGUUUCUGCAUGUACCUGCUUUUAUCCUUGCAUUAAAUAAAAGUCUUAACUGAUA